AUGAAGAACAUGUCUAACGGCAGAAUGAAGAACAUGUCUAACGGCAGAAUGAAGAACAUGUCUAACGGCAGAAUGAAGAACAUGUCUAACGGCAGAAUGAAGAACAUGUCUAACGGCAGAUUGAAGAACAUGUCUAACGGCAGAUUGAAGAACAUGUCUAACGGCAGAAUGAAGAACAUAUAUAACGGCAGAAUGAAGAACAUGUCUAACGGCAGAAUGAAGAACAUAUCUAACGGCAGAUUGAAGAACAUGUCUAACGGCAGAAUGAAGAACAUAUCUAACGGCAGAUUGAAGAACAUGUCUAACGGCAGAUUGAAGAACAUGUCUAACGGCAGAAUGAAGAACAUAUCUAACGGCAGAUUGAAGAACAUGUCUAACGGCAGAUUGAAGAACAUGUCUAACGGCAGAAUGAAGAACAUAUCUAACGGCAGAUUGAAGAACAUGUCUAACGGCAGAUUGAAGAACAUGUCUAACGGCAGAAUGAAGAACAUGUCUAACGGCAGAAUGAAGAACGCGUUUGAUGGCAGACUGGAGAACAUAUUACAUCUAAACCUGCAGAACAUGUUGAACAGAACACAACAGAACACGCCACAUGAACGACUCAACAAACGGAUAAUAUACUCGAAUUGA